AUGAGGCAUUUAGCCGUGUCCGAAACGGUGACUCAGAUCCGGCUGGCAAACGCACCGAUCUCUAGCCGUAGGUUUGGCCGAAGUCGCCGUUUCGGUAGUGGCUACGCCAAUAAAGUCCUAUUCUCCAACGUUUUUGCAGCCCGAAUAGCCAUACCGAAGCCGCUGCUACAUUCGGACACUGACGACUUUAGAUGUCGCAGUAGUUCACGUACGUGCAAAAAGCAAAGCAACAGGCCGCCUGUACUGUGUGGAGGAUGGUGCGACAGGUUUAGGCGGCUAGUUCAACUAAAACAUUCAGUCUACUUAAUUGAAGCAGGUCACAAGACAAGUUGGGAGUUAUUCAGCAUGGCCAGCACUAAGAAACGGAAGCGACUCCUGUACAUGGAAAGCUCAUCAGAUUCAGAUCAUCAGGAUGAAGUCAAAACGUCUCCCAAGAAAGCCUUGAAGAUGGCUGCGCAGUCACCACAUAGUGAGAAGAAGAAGACUGGGAGGAAUGGAAGACCAACUAAAAAGAGACUCAAACGACCGGUUGAUGAUUCCGAGGAUGAUUCCCAGGGAUCAGAGAUGGAGAAAAACAGAAGUAGUGAUGAUGAGAUCGAUGAAGACAGUGAUGCUGCAGAAGAGGCAACGUCAGAUCAGGUGUCGCUGAAGAAAAAACGGUCAUCGGCAAAACACAUCAGUGGGGGAGGCUUAUCAAAGAAGAAACUGAAGCAGCGGGAGACAAGCGAUGUGGAGGAGCAAGAAGACAAAGGUGAGAGUGAAGAAGAAAGUCUUGAUUCGGACAGUGAUUAUGAGCCGCUUAAGAAAAAACCUGCUCAAGCAAGGCACAUUAAAAGCAAUCGAAGAUCCCCCCAAAAGAGGCGCAACCAAAAGGAGAUGGGAAGUAGCGAGGAGUCGGAAGAAAAUGAGAGUGAGGAAGAAAAUCUUGAGCAGGUGGAUCAAUCAGACAGUGAUUAUGAGCCACUGAAGAAAAAACCUGCUCAGAAGAGGCGCAACAAAAAGGUGAUGGGACGAAGUGAGGAUGAUGAUGAGUUGGUUUCUUGCAAAGAGGACAAUCUUAACAAGGAAGAAUCAGAUAGUGAUGAUGAGCUUCUUAAAUAUGACCCAUUUGUGAAGAACGAAGGUGAAAAAAAGGCCAAGAAGAAACUGGAGAUGGGAAGUGAUGAGGAAGAAAGAGAAGAAGACACUGAGGGUGAAGUAGAUAGUGAUGAUGAGCCUCUUAAAUAUGACCCAUUUGUGAAGAACGAAGGUGAAAAAAAGGCCAAGAAGAAACUGGAGAUGGGAAGUGAUGAGGAAGAAAGAGAAGAAGACACUGAGGGUGAAGUAGAUAGUGAUGAUGAGCCUCUUAAAAAAGAGCCAUCUGUGCACAAAAAGGACAGUGGAAAAUCACAAAAGAAAAUUGCUAAGAAAGAACUAGAGAUUACUAGUGAUGAGGAGGAAAAUGAAGAAGACGCUGAGGGCAUAGAAGAUAGUGACGACGAGCCUCUCAAAAAAGAGCCAAAUGAGAACAAAAAAGACAGUGGAAAAUCACAAAAGAAAAUGGCCAAGAAAGAACUUGAGAUGGUUAGUGAUCAGGAGGAAAAUGAAGAAGACACUGAUGAAGAAGAUGUUGGUGAAGAUAGUGAUGACGAACCUCUAAACAAAAAUCUCUCAGGAGUUUUCAACAAAGUUGACAAUAAAACCAAGAACUCUAAGAAAGUCUCACAGAUGGUCAGCAGUGCUGAUGAGGAAAAUAAAGAAGAAGAUACUGACUUGGAAGAGGCGGAUUCAGAUAGUGAUAAUGAGCCUCUCAACAACAAAGGCAGAGGAAAACCACAGAAGAACAAGUCCAAGGAAGAACUGGAGAUGGGAAGUGAUGAAGAGGAAAAUAAAGAAGAUAAUGGUGAAGAGGAGGUUGAAUCAGAUGUAAGUGAUUAUAUGCCUCUCAAAAAACCUCUCUCAGGAGGCGUUGACAAAGUUGAUAAUAAAACCAAGAGUUCUAAGAAAGUCUUACAGAUGGGGAGUGAUGAGGAGCAGGAAGAUAAAGAAGAUAGUGAUUCAGAAGAGGAGUAUUCAGAUAGUGAUGAUGAGCCUCACAACAACAGAAGAAAACUCCAGAAGAAAAAGGCCAAGAAAGAACUAGAGAUGGCAGUCUUACAGAUGGGGAGUGAUGAGGAGCAGGAAGAUAAAGAAGAUAGUGAUACAGAAGAGGAGGAAUCAGAUAGUGAUGAUGAGCCUCUCAACAACAGGGGGAAACUGCAUAAGAAAAAGGCCAAGGAAGAACUUCAGAACAAAGGCAGAGGGAAGCUCCAAAAGAAAAAGGCCAAGAAAGAACUAGAGAUGGCUAGUGAUGAAGAGGAAGACGUGGAAGAGAAAGAAUCUGAUUCUGAUAAUGAGCCUUUCAAGAAAGAUCUCUCAUCCCCCGCACGCACGAAGAGCAAAGGAAGUCCUAAAAAGAGAUCAAAGAAGCAAGAGUCAGAUGCUUCGGAUAAAGAUGGUCCAUCAAGACCACACAGCAAGAGUAAAGGAAAACAGAAGAAGAGAGCGAAGAAACAAAAACUUGAUGACUCAAAUGAUGAUAAUAGCGACGAGGUAGACUCUCCAAGUAUUGAGAGCGAAAGAGACAUGAUUGCAAAGUUGUCAAAAAUGAAAAGGACACCUAGGACUGGUAAGAAUAAGUCCAACAAACGAGAGAGAAAUAUUUCUGCGGUGGUCGCAGCCGCAAGUCUAAUCAAUUCAAGCAGUGAGGAAGAUUCCCCCGACUCUGAUGAACCUCUUUCAAAAACCCGAGCGAAGUUACCACUUAACAAAAAACGUUCUAAAGCAGGCUCUCAGUCGGAUGAUGGCAGUGAUGAUGAGUGGAUUAUGCCGUCAAAAUCGAAAUCAUUGGGCCAAAGGCAGACUCGUGAAAGAUCACGAGAGAAAAGAUCCGGUAAAAAGAGUUUGUCAAGAUCUAGGAGGGGUCAAGAUUCAGUUGAGAGCAGUUCCGAGGAUACCGAUGUAGGUCAUAAAGUCGUCAAACAACGAGCCAGUAAGAAGAAGGCGGCAUCCAAGACAGAAAAACAGAAGGGAUCAAAGAUGGGUAGUGACAGUGACAGUGAAUCUGAUUCGGACUCUGCAUUCCAAGGCCGUCUCUCUUCCAGCACAAAGUCUCAAAAGAACAUUGCUUUGUCUAAAAAGAAAUCAUCAGCAUCAAGAGUGAGUUAUGAAUCCGACUCUGAUGAGUCAGAAAGUCCAGCUCGUAAAUCAAAAUCAUCAAAAACCUCUGCAAGAGAUUCUGAAAGUGACAGCGAUGACCAAGUCCUUGCCUCAAAAUCUAACAACAGCUCACAUGCGAAUCUCAAGUAUAGGAAGGGCAAGAAAGCCGAGGGGAAAAAUAACAACAAAAAACACUCGAUAAGGGUCAAGUCCAUGGACAGUAACUCAAGCUCUGAUGAGAAUGACCUGUCCUCAAAGAAAAUGUCAUCGCAAAGCAAUCUCCAGAAGUCUGGUCGCAAAAAAAGAAAAAUUUAUGAGACUCUCCAUAGUUCGUCAGAUAGUGAUGAGGAAAAUCUUUUCUCUAAGAGAAGGCGCAGUGGUGAAUAUGCUAAGAAAAAAUCAUCACAAAAAGAAUCCCAGAAAUCCCUACAUGAAAAGAGAACAAUUAAGAAGGCUUUUUCGUCAUCGGAAGAUGAAAGUGAAGCGGAAGUAGAAGUUGAAAAAAGAACCGAUCGGAAGUCGAGUCAAAAGAAGUCAAAGAAAACAGUGAAAAGUAAUAGCGAUAUGAAAAAUAAUGACAAUAGCACCGACGAUGACAAAAGCUGUUCAGAGCAGGAUAAGAGUUUUAGAGGAAGGGCUAGGAAAAAACUCAUGAAGUACACAUCUCCACAAAGCAGGUCUGUCCUAAAGCAGAAAUCCAAACCUAAUGGAGGUGACACCAAGAGGGGAACUGACGAUUGUGAUGAUUCGGAUUCUAGCUCGGUGGGCGGUAACUUAUCUAUUAGCAGCCUCUCGUCAGAUGAGGAGUUGCAUCAGUCAAAGAUGAAGAAGAAAGGAAGAAAAGAAAACGGCUCCAGGAGUUCUGGGAAGGACUCUAAGAAGAAAAAGAGAAGGACAAGUAGUUCAAGGAAGGAUGACUCUGCCAGUGAGGAUUCUUCCCAGGGCAGCGCCAACACAAAGUCAUCUCAGAAGUACAGCAAGAGGAUUGAGCAGUACAAAAAGUUUGUUCGCUUGUGCGGUCUUCGUUUGAACUACGUGAAGCUCUUCGCUAACGUCGCUAAGGAAGCGAAGAAGAUUAAACUGUUACUGAACACUAUGCGGGAAGCUGGACUAGAAGGCAGGGUGUCCAUAUCAAACUGUCGUCAGUUGAAAGAGAGGAGAGAUGAGCUGGCAGAGCUUGCGGCACUUAACCGAGACAACAUCAUCCAGGAAAGCUCACGCACCGGGCGUUCGAGACGAAGGAAUGUGCACAGUAAAUAUCUUCAAACUACAUCAGGGAAGAAGCAGUGUAGCCCUAGCCCUGUUCGGUCCAGGCCUGCCGUUGACCACUUUGCUAACCUUCGAGGCAUCAUCAGUGAUGACUCGGACAGUGACUGAAAGGCUCUGAAGGUAUGCACAGGAAGUAGUGGACAAAUGUUUUUGCUGCAGCGAAGUUAAUACUGAAAUACUGGAGCCAAAUUCCAUGAAAAUUGAUCAGCCGAUAAGCCCAUUAGAACCAUUCUUUGCUUACAGGGGAAGUGCCGAUUUGCUACGCUAGCUGUGCAAAACAAAGAAUGCCUAGUAACGUGGGGUACCCACAUUCAUGAGCAAACAUUUCUGUUCACCCAGGAAUCUCCUUGACGUAAGCGCUGAAUUGACUGCUUCCUUAAGCACCGCUUCUUUGCUUACACUGUAUAAACUGACCUAGUAAAUUGGAUGCCAUUAGACAGUCUUGUACAGUUAGCGACUGAGUAUUCCUCCUAAGUUGUGUGUUAUAUGAAACGAAUUAGUAAAUGUUUGCAUUUGUGCAGUGGAGCGAAUAUUUUCAUUUGUUGAAAGGUGAAAAGUUUCGUUUCUCCAAGUUGGAAAAGGGAACGUUCCGUUCAACUCAAAGAAAUGAAACUUCAUCUUUCAACUUUUUAAAAUAUUCUCACCAAUGCUUAAGUUGAACUAACUGUACAUCUGCGGUUUGGGAUCAGUAAUAUAGCCACAGAAGCCUGCCCAGGAAAACAGACAAAAUACACUGUGCUGCCCAGCACAGUUUUCCCCCAGAUUGCACUUCAGCAAUGAUGGCGCCAUAUCUAAACAUGAAUUAUUUUGUUGGUGGACUAAAUUGGAUUGAGAGCCCACCACUCAAAUUGGUCUAGCUGCAACACUGCCUUGGGGUUUACCCAAACCCUGUCUUUGAAUAUUCCAUUUUUCAACUCAUAAAAACAUUCUCACCAAUGUAGGCCUAUACCAAUGCUCUCAUAAACCUUCAUUAUUUGUUUAACAAUACAUCUCAAAUCUCAAAUAUUAUAUGUUCUUUUUGUGUGCAGUGGAGUACGAGUAACAUCAUGUUUUCAUACAAAUAUUGCAGCCAGACGCUUAACAAAACGGAUUGGCCUUGGCCUUGCUAAAAAUAUAUCUGUUAUUCAAACUUCCAAUUUUCAUUCUGAUACCGACUUUUAAAGGCACCAACACGUUUGGUAAUUGUCAGAUCACAGUCUCACUUGGUGUAUCCCAUCAUACACAUGUAAGCUGAAAAU